AUGCAUCGAGCUCUGCAGAUCCCAGAGUUGCUCUCCUUGAUCUGCAAGUAUGCGGACUCACGCUCGAAAGCCGACCUCGCCCAAACAUGCCGCUAUCUCCUCGAGCCCGUGCUCGACGAGCUCUGGGCGCUGCAGAUCGCGGACACUGCAAUCCUCGGUGUCCUUCCCCCCGAUUCGAUAGUAACAAUGGAGGACGAAGACGAUGUCACAUUGGAAUUUAUGCGAUAUACGCCUUCAGACAAAGAAUGGGACAGGAUCUACUACUACACGAAACGCGUGCGCGUACUCAACGUCGAGCUGAAUCAGCGGAACGGGUGCCCACCCCAAUUCGCGCUCUCCGACAACUUCCUCCGUCAAUGGAUGAAGUACACACGGAAACGGGGGAUAGGGCUGGCUCUGUAUCCAAACGCUACCGACGUUUACUGGACGGUCGAAGGCCCGCAGUCCUUGCAACGCGAUCAGAUGAUAUGGCUUCCCCCCGGGAUUACCUGUCUGACACUAGAUCUCAAGUCUCUCAACAAACACUCUGCGCUCACGUUGGCGAAUGCGUUGAACCCCCUCGCUAGGCGGAAGCUCGCGUCCUUGAGAAAGCUUUGGAUCCAACAGCUCAUGAUUCGCCCCAUGGAAAUGUCGGCCCUCGAACCUUUGAUGCGCUCUUGUCCUGCCUUGAACGACGUCGGCUUCCUCAACACGACACCGGACUGCGUGCGGCAGCUCGCCACAUUUCCCAAUGUACGGCAUCUGAACAUAGGGAAUGUCGCUCUGUACGGGUCGAGAAUGAAUGUCCGAAACAGAGAUGAUCUUCCAGACCACAGCCGACUGGAUGAAGGUAUCCUUUCUUUCUGGCGCCAGCUCUGCAGUUCACUCCCUCUCGAGACCUUGCGCGUGAGAUACCGUCCGCACGCUCUUCUACCCGCCGAUGUUCUCGUGCCAUUCUUCCAAAUCUUCGGCCAGUCUCUCAAUCCCGCCCUGAUAACCAGCCUGCGCCUCAUCGCGCUGAGCGCCCGAACUCGCAGCCCGGCCAUCCUAUCACAUGCCGAGAUCGACCACGAGCUGACGCGCGACCACAUCGCCCCACUCAUGGCGCUGCGCAAUCUUCGCGAGCUCGAGAUAUCCCCACGCGGAUGGGUGAACGUCGACGAUGCGGACGUACUCGCGUUCGCGCAGGCGUGGCCUCACCUAGAAGAACUACGCUUCAGUGGAAGGCUUUCGCGCACGUAUCCGCCGCAUGCAGAGAAUGAAAUCCCUAUUCGGACGACGAUGGCAGCGUUGUACGCGCUCGCCACCCACUGCCCUCGUCUGCGCGUGCUCGAGCUGUCUUUCGACGCGUCCACCGUUCCUCCCAGUCCCAUCACCACUCCCGUGGUCCAACAUGCACUCAGAGAGCUAUUUCUUGGGGGUACAGAAUGGCAGGAUAGCCAAAGGCUCGCCGAAUUCCUGCUGUCCGUGUUUCCCCAGCUACGCGAAGUCGACUCUCACGCGUCGCACUGGAUGGAGAUGCGCGAAGGCGUUAUAGACAUAUUCAGUCGUCCUGGCCCCGCGCAGCAGAGAUUGCGCGAGCUGAGGGAGCUGGUAUCGCCAGGGCCAGCGGCGCCUAUAUCGUAG